AACCUCACUUUUUGAAAUUUAAUUAUUUCUUGGUUUAUUUACAUUUUACAUGUUUUAAAAGGCAUUUUGUGCUUAAUCAACAUCAGAAUCUAUACAAAGUGCCUUUUCCUUAUAAAAUAUUAGUCAAAUACGUUCUAAUAACCAUGGAACAGGAUAAAGGUGUAAAACUUUCAAAAACCAUCCUGGAAAUGAAAUUCAUGAAGAAAACCAAAGAAAAAGUGCUAAAAGAACAGGAAGAUGCUGAGGGCCAAGCGAUGUACUCCAACGAAAUAACCGAGGCAAUGAGAAGAGACGGUAACAUCAUAUUUAGGGAGGCAAGCAUAAGUUUAUGCAAAAACUUAGUCGAAGGGCGAUUAUCGUUUGGUGGAAUGAACCCCGAUGUCGAAAAGCUUAUGGAAAAGGACUAUAACAAACAAAUAUUCGAGUCUGAGAGGAAGAAAGAGAAGGACAUAAGUGAUGAACAGAUGGCCAAAGAUUAUUCAUCAGUAGUCGAUACAAUCGGAAACAAAUUUAAAGGAAAAAGAAGCAAAAAUAAGACGUUUCAAAAACCUGCAAAAGAUGAGCCCCUUGUUUAAUUUAAGUGCGUCAUCAAUAAAUUAUUUUAAGAUAA